UAUCAAAUUUUGCACAAGAGAUGACAGCAGAAGAAAGCUCUGACGACGAGUGGGAGUCACCGAACGAAAACAAAUGUGUGAAAGAGUUGAAGUGUCUAGGAUAUUUCAUCCUACUCGAGCACGACAUCACGGGCUUGUUCGUGACGACACUAAAUAAGCUGGGCGCCUUCAGACAAAAGUGGAAUCUCAAAUUCACUCUCGAACGUCGACUCGUUCACAUUAUUAUCUGUAUCCUCGUUACUUUUACUAUUCAAGCUUCCUUUCACGUCAAAAAUGAUCUGUGCAUACAACGGCGCCGCUGUCAUAUGGACGGCUGCUCUGUUGACUAUCAAACGGACCAAAUGCUCAAUUCAGCGGCAAAUCGAUUGCACAGAGUAGACACACGACAAACAAACGACGACGAAGAAAAUACAGCAAACGAAGAUACGAUACAACAGUCUGCACACAACACAGGAGAGAAGAAUACCGUAGUAGAAAGCCCAACUAGUCAACAAGGAUACCAAAACUGCAAGCCAAUACCAAUGAGCAUCGUACACAUUGGCAGUUCGAACGUGGAGUGGUUUCUAUAUCCCAAACCAACUUCGUUCAACAGCGAACAGUGGUCUUACUGCAAUUCGCAAGCACAAGCUGCUGCUCAGCCAAAUACAUGUUCCAAUGGCAUUGUGUGUCUACCAGCAUGCAAAAGUUCUCAAAGUUCAAGAACUUUCGCACCGGACGCAAGACCCUUCUGUUCAUCAGCCCAAUCCAGCGUAUUACAUGGCAUGAGUGAGCGUAAUUUGGAGCACACUCUUGUUUGCGUGGUCCCGCAUCUUCCUUGUUAUUCUCAUGAAUUUAGCAAGAACGAACGUCGAAUCAUUGUUGCAGUGAGUUAUCAAAUAGUCAGCUUUGUCGUUCGCCUACUUCUUGUCUGCGGCUGUGUUCACAAGCCAGAAACAAGGCGACGAUUCCGUCGACUGGGAUACGGUCUGGGCAUCACUGUGGUAGGUUUAGCAGCCGGUAUCUACGCAUUCGAACUCACUGAGGUAACCGUUUUCACUACGUGGAUUGUCGAUGCCCUCAUUUCUAUCACUGGUGGCAUGAUCAUCCAAGUAUUGUGGAUACUCAUUGUUAACUGGUUCAUUGUGGGCAGCUGCUCAGGUCGGUGGUGCCAAGCUGCUCUUAGAUGCCUUCCAUCCAAACCAGAUUCACACUUUGAUCAUUUCAAACUCUCAGUGAUGCACACCGUCCGCCAAGUCUGUGGCGAUCGACGGCGUAAAGCGAAAAGGUUUGAGUCAGCGUUUGAAGGAGUGAUGACCAUCUGGGGUCAAAAGCAAUUAGCGAACAAACAGACAAAAGUAUCAUCCUCUAGCUACGAUUCGGUUGCAUCAGAAGAAUGGUCUGAAUAUAGUGAAUAA